CGACACAGGCGGCGGAGGCGGCAGCGCUGCUCGCAGCGGGCGGCAGGGCAGGCGCGGAGCCCCUCGCCGCCGCCAUGGAGAAGCAGCCCGGCGGCGAGGACGAGUGCGUGGACUCGGGAGCGGAGACGGGCGGGUCUGAGUACAGCCGUAUGUCCUCUACCAGCAGUGAACUUUCUGUGGAAGGCAUACAAGACCCAUUCCUUGUUAGUGUCCAUAUCAUCACAGACCCCGGUGAAUCCAAGGCUCUCCAGCAGGCCAUUGAUAAACUUCUGGCUUGGAUCCAUCCAGACCUCCAGCUAUUCCAGGUCUCAGAAAGACGAGCKCCCCGAAAGCGCAGGAAGCCGGGCAAGGCUGGUGUUUCCCAGCCAGCCCUUGCUGUCAUUCUGUUCCUGCAGGAGGAGUAUGGAGAGGAACCCAUCUUGCAGCUCCAUGAAACUUUCCAGCGGCCACCUUGGCAUUACCACCACACGGAGCUAAUGCAUGGGAAAUUCCUCCCCUACAUGCCAUGCAGCCAAGAUUUCUACACUUUGGCUCCAGAGACUCCCCUGUGGGCCAUUCGCCCAGUGCACUAUGGGAAAGAAAUGAUCCGCUUCACCAUAUACUGCAGGAAUGAAAAUUUCGUGGACAUUUUGAAAUUGUAUGAGUUAAUAUUGAAGAGACCAGUGUGCCAGAAAAAAGCGGACUUUUGUGUUUUUCCUGUCUAUUCUAACAUGGAAAUAGACAUUCAGUUUUCUUUAAAAAAACUCCCGAAGGGCCAGGUGCCAGUGAGGACAGAGUCUGCUGUGCUGGAGUUCAGAGUGAAAGAUGUGGGGCAGCUUGUGCCUCUCUUGCCCAACCCUUGCAGCCCCAUCAGCGAAGGCAGGUGGCAGACAGAAGACCACGAUGGGAAUAGGAUCCUUUUGCAGCAAGUGCACAGUUGGUGUAGGAAGGCUGCAAAGCAGAACAAGCAACUGUAUCCAUCUGUGUCAAUAGAUUCCAACUUCACCACUCUGCCAGCCUUCCUUCCUCGGAGCCACCGAUCUGUCUCUGAACAGCCACAAGAAAUGGGUCAAAAAAAGGUACAUCACACCAAUGGCCUUGGUCAUUAUCUUGGUUUCUCCCAGCAGGACUUGAGACACAGUGACCAAGGAGAUUUCACACGCAGAUCCAGGAGUGCCUCCAGCAUUUCCUGGUCAUUUCAACGAAGCAAGUCUCUGUUCUGCUUGCCCACAGUGAACUCCUCUUCAGCUUCAGAGACAUUUCAUUUCAGUGAACCAUUUCAGUUUUUAAAUGCCGGGUCACCUGCAACCAGGUUGAAAACAUGGAAAUGCAGCCCCAAGCUUAACAUUGAUGACUUGGAAGGUGCCCAAGAGACUGAUGUGGACACAGGGAUGAAGCUGUCCUUCUCAGACCUGUCUGUGGUUUCUGCAUACUCUGCCCUUAAUGGAUUUUGCAGUGAGUUGAAAGACUCCCUUCCACCACAGAAACAAAUUGUCAGUAGGGCUAAACAAGCAGCCACCAGCAGAAGGCCUGCAUCAGCCAUGUGCAAUAACUUUGAGUCAGUUGACAGUGCRCUGCCCUCUCCUUCAGAAUGGUCUUCCAGCUCUUUCAUGUCAGCAUCUCUCUCCACRCAGCACAAACAGCCCUUGAGAGCAGCUCCAUGUUCUUUGGAUGAUCAUGUYUGCUCAGCUUCACCAGUUAAUGAAGAAGAAUUCUACAUCUGAGCUUUCUCUACCUUAUACCUUCCAGAACAAAUGUGAAUGACAGCAGUGGGUCCUCCUUGAGUUUACAGAAGGUUCCUUGCUGAGGAGAAGGUGAUGCAGAAGAGUGUGUUAAAUAUUUGAAGAAAAUACUUGGRACCCUCUGAGGUUGAAGGAAAUGGCAGAAGAAGAACACAGUAUUCCACUUAAAUCUGGCAGGAAAUGAAGACUAAUUUUGUCUUCAUUUAAACAAACAGCUUUACUGAGAAAUUCCGUUAACUCAGAAAGGGGUCUUAUUUCCUUUCACAGGUUCCAAAGGCAGCUCUAAGCACAGCAGGUCCCAGCAGCACAGCCUCAGUAGGGUCAGGUAGGAAGUGUCUAGAGARGAAACGCUGCUCCUUCCAACCUUUGCGAGCUGGCAGUGAUGAGGUGGGGCAGAAUCACACAAUCAYUAAUGUUGGAAGAGGUCUUCAAGAUCCUCCAGUCCAAGUGUUGACCUAGAACUACCACAAUCAUCCCCAAAUCACAUCCCCAAGUGCCACAUCCAGACACUUCCAGAGACUGGCCCCACCACCUCCCUGGACAAUUAAUUCUAAGGCCUGACCGCACUUUCAAUUAAUCCUUUUUUUUAUAAUAUCUAAUCUGAACCUUCCCUGGUGCACAUAAAGGCUGUUUCUUCUCGUCCUUUCACUCAAGACGUGGCAGAAGAGACCACCCCCCCCUUCAGUGCAACCUCCUUUCUGGUAGUUGUAGAGAUCAGUGAGGCAACCCCUGAGUCCCUUUUCUCCAAACUAAACAACCCCAGUUCCCUCAGCUGUUCCUCAUCACACUUUUGCUCCGUUGCCCUUCUCUGGACAUGCUCCAGCACCUCAAUGUCCUUUUUGAAUUGUGGGGCCCAGAAGUGAACACAGGAUUCAAGGUACCACUUUCACCAGUGCCAAGUACAGGGGUCAAUUACUGCCCUGGUCCUGCUGGCCAUACUCUUUCUGGCACAGGCCAGGUUACAAUUGGCCAUCUUUGCCACCUGGGCAUAUUUCUGGAUCAUUUUCAGCCAGCCAUUGACCGGCACCUUCAGGUCACUCUUCCCCCAGCCCGUAGCAGUGCGCAGGAUUGUUUUGAACUGAGUGCAGGACCGAGCACUUGGUUCACCUCACUGACCCCACAAGACUGUCCUUGGUCUAUCCAUCCAGUCUCUCACAAUCCCUCUGCAGAGCCUUCCUACCCUCCAGCAGAUCAACACUCCUGCCCGUACUAGUGUCAUCUGUGAACUUUCUGAGGACACACUCAGYCCACUCAUCCAAAUCAUUGAUGACAAUGUGGAACAGAGCUGGUGCCAGUACUGAGUCCUGGGGAGCACCAGUAGUCACCAGCUGCCCACUGGAUUUAGUUCUACUCACCACCACUCUCUGGGUCCAGCCRCUUUUACUCAGUGAAGAGUCCACUCAUCCAAGCCAUGAGCAGCCAGUUUCUCCAGGACAGUGCUGCAGGAGACAAUUUCAAAUGGUUUCCUGAAGUCUGGAUACACAACAUCCACAAACUUUUCYUCAUCUACAAAGUGGAUCAUUUUGUCAUAGAAGGAGAUUGGGUUGGUCAAGCAGGAUCUGCUUUUCCUAAACCUGUGCUGGCUGAGCCUGAGCCCUUGAUUGUCCUGCACAUGCCAUAUGAUGGCACCCAGGAUGACCUGCUCCAUGGUCUUCCUCAGURCCAAGGUCAGGCUGACAAGCCUGUAGUUCCCUGGAUGGUCCUUCCAACCCUUCUUGUAGAAGGCCAUUACUUUUGCUAAUUAACAGUCUGCCAGGACUUCUCCCAGGACUGCCUGGGAAAGUGUUGAAAGUGGUUUGGAAAGCUCUUUUGCCAGCUCCCUUGAUACUCUCAGGUGGACUACAUCAAGGUACAUAGACUUGUGUCCCAUGGGGGCAGAAGGUCAUUAACCCUUUCCUCCUGGAUUAUGGGGACUUCACUCAUCUCCUCACCCCUAACCUCCAGCUCUGAUUGCUGCAUGUCCUGAGGGCAACUGGUUUUGGUGUUAAAGACUGAGGCAAAGAAGGGAUUUAGUACCUCAGUCUUUUCCUCACCCCUUGACACUGUGCUACCCUCUGCAUCCAGCAAAGAAUGGAGACUCCUUAGCCCUACUUUUUCUGCCAAUGCAUUUAUAGAAGCUUCUCUGGAAGAAGUUUCACUCCUUCCCCAGGGAAGUUCCACUAUGUCUCUUACUUUGACAGACCAGGAUGCAGAAAGUGCCAAAAGGGAGACCUUAGUGAACAUUUUCAGCCCCCUACCCAGAAAGCCCAUCCUUUCCAAUCAGAAGGGAGCUGUUUGGGCUGUUGUCUGAACCACUGGUACAGACAGUACCAAGUAAAACAUGUUUGCUACUUCUCACUCAGGCAAUACAGCUUACCUUCUCGGAAUACAAACCUAGAAAGAUAACCCAGCAUUUUUAUGUAUUGCUACACUACUAGACCCARAUAAAAGACAGCUUCCUGUUUUUAAGGGGUUGUUAUUUUUCUGUUUAAAAUCAUUAAUGCAGAAAUUUAUUCUUCAUAUUUCCAGUGCAAGCAUACUUCUUUCUGGGUAAAACAUAUUUCUUCUUGAAUAGCUCUCUCCAAAGGGAAAACAAGACAAAAUUUACUGACUUUUAGAAGAUGUUUUAAAAAUAUACUUUCUUGAUAACCUGUUUUGCUCUAAUUAAUUUGGUGUUAAAAAAAAAGUAAGUAAAAAAGUUGCUAAUGUGACAGCUAAGUACCUUCAGCAGGAUUUAAGUCAUAUAAACAGAUUUUAUAGUGCAUAUUCUGGAAAGUUACAUUUUUGGCUGACAAAUGUCACUGGUUACAACUCUGGUCGAGCCACUGGGAAAAUGACCUUGUUAAAAGGUGUGUGUGUGUAUGAUGCUGGAUGUUACCUAUAUGCAGGUGUAGAUGCUGAAGACCUACCAUGAUGGCACUGUGGUGUGUGGAAUAAAAACUCAUUUUUGGAGAAAAAUAUUUGCUAUAUUACCAGGUAAUUUUAAUCAAAAGAACUUUAGAGGGAAAAAGAAAUAAAGGUGAAAAAGCACACACAWACUGUAAAUAAUAGUUAUAAAAAGUGGAACAGCUCCUCUGGCCCAUUUCAGUAAGUACACAGUUUUUACAAACUAUUCUGGAAGAAAGUCUGUUGAAAAAUGAGUACAGAUUUAUAGGGGAGGAACCUGCACCCUGAGUCCAGAAGAGGCCAGAGGGAUUGUCAAGGCUUUUUUCUUUUUCUAUUGUUYUCUCCACACAGGAAAAAAAGUCUCAAACUGAAGUCCAAAUCUCCUCUUUGUGAGGUGCUGUCAUAGCAUUUACCAGGGGUACACUUUAUCUUUUGUGCUAAACACAAUGAAUAAAUCAGUUAAUCUAUUCAAGGUAAAGAGCACAGAAGAUCAUCAGCCUUCUCCUGCCCUCUAAAACUAUUUAGGCUUACUGCAGUUUCGGGUAAACUGUUCUCUUUCUGGGACCAAAAAGAGCACUACUGAAGGAUUUGUCAUGGUGUGCAUGUGUUUACCUGCUCUAUGCUCCUUCAGACCCCAAACAGCCUGUCCUCUGUCAUGAGCUUUAGAUCAAAUCCCUCCCUGGAACACAGURAAUCUGAUUUAUCUAAAGUUGCAUUACCAUGCUAUUGUUUGUACCCUGCCAAAAUAUAUAAAACACUGUGAAGUCAGACUAGCCACUUUUUCCAUCAGCUUGCAUUUCACCAUACAAACAGUGAUUCUAGGACAGUCAGCAUCCACAGAUUUAAAUCUAUGCUUCAUUGUUUUCUAUCAYAAUCACUGUAUUUUCACUGUAUUUUAAUAAUACAGAUAACAUUUGAUCUGAACAUGAAAUAAAAAACUUCUUUGAGCCAAUGUAGCUGUCUGAUCCUGACAUCAUGCCAACACUGAAACUCUGGACAAAAGCUGUUGAGGUUUUUAGUGGAGAGGAGGCUUUGAACCAUCUUUCCACCUAAGGCAUGCCUCUAGAAGAAGGAAGCACUGGUAGUGGAGAUCCACAGGGAAGCCCAGGAUGGCUCAAGUGUCAGUCAUGGGGUUUAUGUGUGAUAUUAACCAGCAGAUCCACAAGCGUCUCAGCUCCAGAUUUUGCCACAGUAAUCCUGAUGGGAAGAGAGCCAAAUGACUGUCCACAGACUCUGAAUUUGUGCCGUCCCCACUGGUUCUGUCUCCAAGUAUUUCUGUUCUGUUUACUGAUACCUAACUAGAGAUUAAAGUUUUAUAUGUUUACGUUGAUGGUGCUUGUAACCAAAUCUUGUAAAAAACCGAGUGUCUUGCUAUCGGGAAAAACAGAGGUGAUARUACAGAAAACUCCUUGUCUAUAAAAAAGAAAGCCAGAUUAUGGUGUGUUUCAUUGAAGGUAGACUUCAUUAAUUCUCUUCCUGUUMGGUAAGAAGGGGGUCAUCUCUUCAGAGAGUUGAAUAUGCACAAGUUUCAUGGCGUUUACUUAUUGUGUUGAUUAAAUUAAGAACCAUGUAUUUUGAGAACUGCAGGUUUUUCCUGAACUUCUUCUCACCCUACAAUGUGCACUGCUUCUGUGAAAUAAAAUAGAGAUGAAAAGUCAGUUGUACUUAACUUUCUGCGUG